AUGGCGGAAACACAACGCGAAGACAUUGAUGCACCACAUUUGGAUGUGGAAAAGGCUUGGGAAAAAGCGAAACUUCUCAAACAAGACUUAGAUAAGGGUGACGGUUGGACACGAAGGUAUCAAAUUGUGAAUGAAUAUAAUUGCUGGACCAAAACAUUUCCAAAUGAGGAGGUGCCUGUUAAAGUGCUUUAUCGCUUCGAGAAUAUGCCGAUGUCGGCAGAGAAAUUCAUCGAAAUGAUGUCUCCAGACAAGAUGGAUUUACGCGAGAAAUGGGAAAACACCACAACCACAUGUGGGUAA